CAUAAAAUUGCAAUUGUCAGCAUUAUAUUGCAGUGAGCAGUAUCGGAUUAAAGUAAUCAACACAAUUUUCCUUUUUUGCUGGUAAGACAUCCUUAUUUGGUCUUCCCUGGAAGAAUUAUGCAUACAUUUUUGCCAUUGCAGUUAAGAGAACGUGGUGCCUGAUUGAGAAAAACGAUUGAAAAAACAAGAUUUACAAAGACAAUUGGGAGUUGAAAUGAUGCCGUGGAGAAAUACAAAUGAAGAUGCAUCUUCUGCUGGAAAUAUGCAGAUGAACGAACCCAACUUAAAGAGGAAUAGAAGCGAUUCAAACAAUUGCCAUCAAUGUCGCAGAAACGACAAAGGAAGAGUUGUAAGAUGCACUAAGUGCAAUAAAAAGGGUUACUGUAUUGCAUGCAUCACAAAAUGGUAUGCAGGGAUGCAUGAGACAAAUUUUGCUGAAGCCUGCCCCAGUUGUCGUAACAUUUGCAACUGUACAGCUUGCUUACAGUCUGAUGUGGCUACUCAAGAAUUGAUGAUCCCAGACCUUUGCAUUAGUGACAAGACUCAGUACUCAAAGUAUAUCAUUCGAGUACUUCUUCCUUUCUUGAAGAACUUUGUCGUUGAGCAUAAUAUGGAAAAAGAACACGAGGUCAGAAUUCAAGCUUAG